AUGAAAGGGAAAACGCAAUUUGGAGUGAAGGGCAAGUUGGCAUCAAAAUAUGUUAGGCCAUAUGAAAUCCUUGAGAAAAUCAAUCUGGUAACGUAUCGAGUAGCCUUACUGCCAGUCAUGGAGCAUAUGCAUAAUGUCUUUCAUGUCUCAAUACUUCGGGAUUAUUUAAGAGAUCCGUUACUUGUUAUUGAACCGACACAUGCACUACUAAAGGAUGACUACACGUAUGAAGAACGACAAAUCCAAAUUGUUAACCGAAGAAUCAAAAGAUUGAGAAACAAGAGAAUCUCGUUUGUGAAAGUUGAUUGGCGGAAUCACAGAGAAACCUAUGCAACAUGGGAAAAGGAAGAAGAUAUGAUGAAGAGAUCUAGAUUUAUUUCCAUUGGAUCCAAUGUUCUUCCAAACUGA